UCUCCCUCCUUUCCUCUGUCCGCUAGCCUUCAAUUUUGAACUCCACCUCUUAUUUUCUCGGUAAUAAUUCGAGUUCUAGAAAGUGAAAUUCGAUACUGCGCCAGAGUUGGAUAUGGACACAAUCCCCAAUUUCAUCUUCCUUUUAGCAAAUUUUUGACGACCAAUUCGUAACUCUUUCAUUCCCCUGUCAUUUUAGUUUGGCAAUGAACGAAACUACUUGCUAGGGAUUGAGUGAUUCAAGAUCAUGCCUCGCGGUCGCAAUCUAUCCAACGCCGUUACAAGGAAUUCAUUGGUCGGAUUCAUUUCUCUGAUUCGAAAUGUGUCACGUCGUUCUUUAUCGAACAUACCCGCAUCAUUUGGGCAGUCCAAAUAUGGAAGCUGUGAGCAUCAAAGAAGUAAUCAUAUUGUAACACCUCUUCAGGAAUCAACAUCCAUACACUUCCCACCUGGCUUCCUUUUUUCUAGGAGAUAUAAUGUGCCUGAGUUCCUUGGUGGUUUUAAAAAAUGGCAAUCUUUUAGGCAUUUUAGAAGUGUCGCGGUAGAGCUGAAGACAGAYAGCAACAUUGUCAGGUUUUCUUUUGGUAGGCCUUCUGUGACUAAUGGUUCCCCACCGAAACAGAAGAAGGUGGCUAAAACUAAAUUGUCUAAAAAGGCCAAAUUGAAUGAACUCAGACUCUAUCGUCUUAAGGCAAAAAAGAAGAAGACAUCUCCCAAUCCAGAAGUUAGGAUCAGAUAUUCCCUAGAAAAGGCCAAAAGGAAAGAAGCGUGGYUGAUUGAGAAGUUGAGGAAAUUUGAGGUUUCCAAACCUGUUGUAGAAAAAUAUGACCCUGAAAUUCUUACUGAGGAAGAGAAGCACUUCUUAAAGCGUACUGGGGAGAAAAAGAAGAAUUUUGUUCUGUUGGGGAGACGAGGCGUCUUUGGUGGAGUUGUUCUCAAUAUGCAUUUGCAUUGGAAGAAGCAUGAAACUGUCAAAGUUAUUUGCAAGCCUUGCAAGCCAGGGCAGGUUCAUGAAUAUGCUGAAGAACUCACUCGAUUGAGCAAAGGCAUUGUGGUUGACAUUAAACCUAACAAUGCCAUAAUCUUCUACCGGGGAAAGAACUAUGUGCAACCAGAAGUAAUGUCACCUCCAGAUACACUAUCAAAAGACAAGGCCAUGGAAAAAUAUAAGUAUGAACAAUCACUUGAGCAUACAAGUCAGUUCAUUGAGAAGUUGGAGAAAGAACUUGAAGACUUUCAGAAGCAUCUUGCUCAGUUCAAGAGAAAAAAGGAAGAUGCUGGUGUAGAAUCCAUGGUUUAACUCAUGACUGUUAGUUUCUAUCUAUUGAUCAUCAAGGCUAUGGCCUCUGGAAGCUUGGUUGUCAUUUCAACUUUGGGCUAUACUGGGUUCACUUUUGAAAGAUGCAGCUGUAUUCAUCCUAUUUAUGGAACCUCAUUAGGAGAAAAUAGGUAAAGGCUUUCAAAUACGACCUUACUGGAGCAAGAUAAGUUGUACAGCUGCAUCCUUGACUUCUAAGAAGCUAGUUCCAAAUAAAACUACUUCACCUAUCUGUGGGGGAUGAUGGCUCUGUGUGUUGAAUGUAAAGUGAGCUCAAAACGCCGUUUUUCAAAUUUUUGAGAAACAUAKGCCUAUUUGGCUUUUAGUUUUUAAMAUUAGCCUUGUGUACUUUUAUUUUCUUAAUCUACCCUCAAAAUCAAGCAGUUCUUUUUUAAGAAAA